AUGGGAACUAAAGAAAGAGAAAAUGUUAAACAAAAAACAAGGAGCCCAGAAAACAGAGAUAAGAGGAGGAACGGGGAUUGUAAAAGAUGUAGCGAGAAAGGACACUCAGACAAGCAGCAAGUUCUGGAACCUCCCGGUUGCUCGAGCAAAACAUCAAUGACUAACACGGAAUCCGAAGAAGAUGAAAUUCAAAGUGACACAAGUUCAGAUGAAUUGUUUAAUGUUCAUGAAGAACCACAUAUGAUAACUCAGUCUGAGCUGAAUGAUUUAAUAAGUAUGCAAUGUGCCGCCACUGGUGAUAGACCUCCUCAGUUUGUUUGGGAGCGAGAUGGAGUUACUGUUUCAAGCAACACAGAUCCUAGGGUUCGAGUAGAAGAUGGUGGAUUAUAUGCUUGUAUAGCGAAAGAAGGUGAACAUGUAGCCAGCAGUGAGAACAGACUGGACUUUUAUGCUGCGCCCAAAUGGCUAGAAGAACCAUCAAAUUCGUCUCUCUUGCUCGGAAGAAAAGGCAUUGUAUCAUGCAGUGCGAGCGGCUAUCCACAACCACAAGUACAUUGGAUGAAAAAAGAUGCUCUUCUGGGUACUUGGCAACCUGUCCUUGAACUAGCUGGAGGAGGAAUCCUAAGUCUUCCCAACGGAAGUCUUGUCAUUGAAGAAGUUUCUUUGACAGACGAGGGCUUGUAUUCGCGUUAUGUGGAAAAUGGUGUUGGAACACCAUUGAGCAAAACCGUGUGGAUGACAGUCAAUACUUAUAGCCUAACAUGGAAAGAAGCAAGCGGUCCGUGGCAAGAAGUGUGGUCACCAAACAAAGUACCUAAUAAAUUAUCAAACCUCUCUGGAGUUCAAAAACAUGCGCUGACUGGUCUUAAAUGUGACACGAAAUAUUCUUUGAGGAUCACAGCUACUAACAAAGUUGGUACAUCACAACCAGCGUAUUUGGAUGUUAGCACGUUUCCUCGUCAGUCAUACACGGGUCACCUCUACCAGUACCGAGGCUCGUUCGCUCUAUCAGGACUGUCCGCCGGCACCUGGUACGUGUUACGUGUCACAGCCACCAACGAGGCGGGGAGCGUCACCACCGUUUACAACUACGCGACUAAGAACGAGGAUGGCAGUGAAGUUGGUCCUCCGUCGGAAAUCUUCGACAUCAACAUGUUGGUGAUAGUCUUAAGCUCAAUUCUCCUAGCUGUCUGUCUUAUCUGCUGUGUUUAUAUUCUAGUUAAGAGGCAACGUAAUGUCAACUUAACGGGAUACCGCGACUCAAUAACGGUCGACAAAUCUGGAAAUGGCAACACCACACAUCACACAGUAACCUAG